AUGGCUUCCAGAUCCGAGAGCCCGCAGUCGAUCGACGACGACGGCGUGCCCCAGAUGUCGCCCCUCUCCACCACCCUCGGCGACGACAACGGAAACGACGGCGCACGGCAUAGCAGCGACCGCCAAGACCACGCCUCGCAGCGGCCAGCAGCCGAGCCAGCAGACCGGGGCCACAGCGGCGCCGACGCAGGCGCGGGGCCCAUCCAGCAGCAGGCCCCCACACUCUCGUCUUCACCCAAGGCCACCGACACCACCGACACUACCACCACCGCCACUGCCACCGCCACGGCGACAACAUCAGCCACCUCGACCUCAAACUCGGCUGCAUCGCCUUCGCACCCCAAGUGCUGCAGCCGCAACCACUCGCAUUCGCACCCUCACUCGCGCAACAGCCACAGCCAUUGCGACCAGACACGGUCCAGCUCCCUCGGCCAUUCCCAUUCCCGCUCGCACGCUUCCCGCGCGGCCAGCAACGACGGCGCCGACGGGGCGCGGGCGUCGGGCUCGACGGCGCCUCACUCACGCACCACGUCGCGCAACACGUCCCACGACUUCAAGGAGACGCUCAACGCCCGCUCCAGGGACAUGGACGACGGCUCCCGGAUCAUCAACCAGUACCGCAUGACCGAAGUCAUUGGCCAGGGCUCCUACGGCACCGUCCACCGCGCCACGCUCGCCGACGACCCCAGCGUCACGUUUGCCAUCAAGGAGUUCGGCAAGACCCGCCUUCGCAAGAGCCACCGCGCGUCCAACAUGAAGCGCUCCGCCCGCGGCAAGCCAGGCGCGCGCGGCAGCUCGAGGCCCCGCGGAGGCUUUGUCGCCGCCCACGACUCGUACCAGAACGAGCGGCAGCAGCAGCAGGAUGGAGGUGAUGGCAACGGCAAUGGCGGCGGCGGCGGCGGCGGCGGCGCUGGCAGCGACGACCUCAAGGAUCCGCUCAUGCUCAUCCGCCACGAGAUGGCCAUCCUCAAGAAGCUGCACCAUCCGCACGUCGUCAAGCUCUACGAGGUGCUCGACGACCCCAGCAAGGACAGCCUGUACAUGGUGUUUGAGCACUGCCCCGACGGCGCCGUCAUCGACAUCCGGCUCCACCACCAGUCGGAGCCCCUCGACGAGCCGACGGCGCGCUCCUACUUUGUCCAGGUGAUGCUGGGCAUCGAGUACCUCCACUCCAACGACAUUGUCCACCGCGACCUCAAGCCCGACAACAUCCUCCUCUCGGACGGCGGCCGGACGUGCAAGAUUGUCGACUUUGGCGUGUCGGAGAUGUUUCUCAAGCCGGGCGACGACAAGAUGCAGAAGUCGGCGGGCAGCCCGGCCUUCAUGAGCCCGGAGCUCUGCACCGCCGGCCACAGCUGGUACCACGGCCGCUCCGACGACAUCUGGUCGUUUGGCGUCACCGUCUACUGCAUGGUAGUGGGCCGCCUGCCGUUUGACAAGGACAAUUUUUUCGAGAUGUACGAGGCCAUCAAGGCCGAGGAGCCCGAGUACCCCUCGCACCUCUCGCCCGAGCUCAAGGACCUGCUGCAGAAGCUGCUGCGAAAGGACCCCGAGAAGCGCAUCACGAUCGACGAGAUGCGCCGCCACCCGUGGGUGACUUGCAACGGCACCGCCUCGAUCAUCUCGUCCGAGGAGAACCUCGAGCAGGUCGUCUUUGAGAUCACCGAAGAGGAGCUCGACUGCGCCAUCUGCAAGAUCACCAACAUCUUCACCUUUGCCCGCGCCAUUUCCAAGUUCAAAAAGGGCGGCUCGAUGAACCGCGCACGGCGCGAGGCCUCGCAGGCCCUCUCCGAUGCCGAGGCCAAGAAGCAGAGCGGCGACGACGGCCAGGGCGCGGCGAUCGAGGGGCAGGGCGACGGCAACGGCGAGCGCAAGGCCGGGAGAGCCGGCGCCGACGCCGCCGCCGCUGGCGAGCGCGACAGCCUGCAGGUCAAGGUCGAUGCGUUGCGCAACGAGAUCGAGCACCCAGAGCAGCAGCAGGAGGUGCUGCUGGUCGACUCGCCCACGUCGGACACGAUCGAGCUGCCGCCCCUCGACGAGCUCGACGAUGGCGAUGCCGCCGGCGCAGGCGCAGGCGACGACGACGACGACACAAAGUUGCGGCCAGGACCAGACGCCCUGCGGCGCACCAAGACGGAUCCGGCCGGCGAGGCGGCGGCCGUGGUGCUGAGCAGGUCGCCCGACCUCUGCGACUCACCGACCUCUUGCGCAUCAACGCCGGCCGACGCCCAGGUGGGCGAAAAGGAUGGCUCGGCCGAGGCGACGGGGUCGCACAGCGAGGACCUGGCGCGUCGGCUGGCCGACGUCGUGAUGCGCGAGGGGGGUGCGGACAACGCGUGGAAGAGCAAGGAAGCCAUGAGCGAGAAGAAGAAGCGCGUCUCGAUCCUCAUGUCGGCGACGACGGGCGAGCUGCACACGUCACGCGACCACCUGGCGCGCGAGUACGUCCAGCAGGGCGGCAGCCAAAGCGGCGGCAGCGGCAGUUCGGCCGGAUCGCAAGGGGACCGGCCGGCGCGGAAGCCGACGCCGCACCGUGCGCCGCCAAAGGUGCUGGUGGACGAGGAGACGGUGUCGAGUCCGCGAUCGGAAAACAUCCCGACUCCGCCCGGGGCGAGCGAGGCGUACGUCGCGGCGGCGAGGGACGAGGAUCUCGCGCGUGAUCCGCUCGAGCUCGAUGCGCAGCGGCAGGUGGCGGCGGCUGGUGGCGAGGCAGGUGGGCAGACGAAGGCGGUUCGGGAGGGGGACAAUCAUGCUGUCGCGGCUGAUGGUGAUGGUGGUGGUGGUGGUGCUGAUGGACCAAAGAGGCAGGCGGAGGUGCAUGGAUCUGGCUAG